GGUCCUGCUGCUGGCAUUGCUUGGAAAGUGCAGUAGUCACGGCUACUUCUGCAGAGAACUUCCCUUGUGGUGUAGGAUAUUGGGCUCUGUCUCCGGGCACAGAAAGGAUCACUUAUCUUUUGAGCAGCAGGGUCUUUGAAGAAUACAGUAUAUUUCCAUGGUGGAAACUAGGAUGUUCCCUCAUUGUAUCGCUCUAAAAGUGUCUGUGUGAAGGACUUUAUGAGUGUUGCUUCGUCAGCUGCAUCCUGCCUGGGUUCUCUAGCUGCAUCUCCUCAGGGUCCUUGCCCAGUCCUCCAGAGCAGAUUUUCUCCACUCUUCAGGCAAAGAGCCUCAGUUUUCUGUGGUCUGCUUGGUCUCCAAUGACCUGGAUUCUGUUGCCUACUGGAGCAUUGGACAGAGCGUGGAGACUUUCACUUUGAGGAAGGCUUGCUGAUCCUGGACUUUGCAGGAUCUUGGCAUCAGGCAUCCAGCUGUCCAGGGAUAGGUACUGGAUUUGUGUGGAGGGAUUUAUCACCGCUGCCUUGAAAGACUGGCAAAUGCUGGGGAUCUGUGGAAGCAGGCUGAAUCCACAUAUGUCGAAGCAAGACAGAAACCAAAGACCGUCCAGCAUGGUCAGUGAAACAUCCACGGCUGGGACCGCCUCCACCCUGGAGGCCAAGCCUGGACCCAAGAUCAUAAAGUCCAGCAAUAAAGUCCACAGCUUUGGGAAGAGAGACCAGGCCAUUCGGAGGAACCCCAAUGUUCCCGUGGUGGUGAGGGGCUGGCUGCACAAGCAGGACAGUUCUGGGAUGAGGCUGUGGAAAAGGAGGUGGUUUGUGCUUGCUGAUUACUGCUUAUUUUACUAUAAAGACAGCCGAGAAGAAGCGGUCCUCGGGAGCAUCCCCUUGCCCAGCUACGUGAUCUCUCCUGUGGCCCCUGAGGAUCGCAUAAGCCGCAAAUAUUCCUUUAAGGCUGUGCACACGGGGAUGCGAGCGCUCAUCUAUAACAGCUCCACGGCGGGCUCUCAGGCCGAGCAGUCAGGCAUGAGGACCUACUACUUCAGUGCCGACACCCAGGAGGACAUGAACGCUUGGGUCAGGGCCAUGAACCAGGCUGCACAGGUGCUGUCUCGAUCGUCACUGAAGAGGGAUAUGGAGAAGGUGGAGCGGCAGGCUGUCCCCCAGGCCAACCACACAGAGUCCUGUCACGAAUGUGGCCGGGUGGGACCCGGACAUACGAGAGAUUGUCCUCAUCGUGGCCAUGAUGACAUUGUCAACUUCGAGAGGCAGGAGCAGGAGGGAGAGCAGUACCGUUCCCAGAGGGACCCACUGGAGGGCAAGCGGGACCGGAGCAAGGCCAGGUCUCCGUACUCACCAGCCGAGGAGGAUGCCUUGUUUAUGGAUUUACCCAGUGGCCCAAGAGGCCAGCAGGCACAGCCCCAACGGGCAGAGAAGAAUGGAAUGCUGCCUGCCUCAUAUGGCCCAGGAGAACAGAAUGGGACUGGCGGGUACCAGCGGGCCUUUCCUCACAGGACCAACCCUGAGAAACACAGCCAAAGGAAGAGCAAUCUGGCCCAGGUGGAGCACUGGGCAAGGGCCCAGAAAGGGGACAGCAGGAGUCUUCCCUUGGACCAGACGCUUCCUCGCCAGGGUCCUGGCCAAUCCCUGUCCUUCCCAGAAAACUACCAGACUCUUCCCAAGAGCACCCGACACCCCUCGGGGGGCUCCUCGCCACCUCCCCGAAACCUGCCAAGUGACUACAAGUAUGCACAGGACCGAGCCAGCCACCUGAAGAUGUCGAGUGAAGAGCGCCGGGCGCACCGGGAUGGCACCGUGUGGCAGCUCUACGAGUGGCAGCAGCGCCAGCAGUUCCGGCACGGCAGCCCCACGGCGCCCAUCUGCCUCGGCUCCCCAGAGUUCACCGACCAGGGCCGGAGCAGGAGCAUGCUAGAGGUGCCCCGCUCCAUCUCUGUGCCUCCAUCUCCUUCAGACAUCCCUCCCCCAGGACCCCCAAGGGUCUUCCCACCCCGGCGGCCACACACACCAGCAGAGCGAGUCACAGUGAAGCCACCGGACCAGAGGAGGAGUGUGGACAUCUCGCUGGGGGAUUCUCCAAGGAGGGCACGGGGCCACGCUGUCAAGAACUCAUCUCAUGUGGACCGACGCUCCAUGCCCUCCAUGGGUUACAUGACCCACACCGUCAGCGCUCCCAGUUUACAUGGAAAAUCGGCUGAUGAUACCUACCUCCAGCUGAAGAAAGACCUGGAGUACCUGGAUCUAAAGAUGACAGGCCGGGACCUUCUCAAGGAUCGAAGUCUGAAGCCUGUGAAGAUCGCUGAGAGCGACACUGACGUCAAACUGAGCAUCUUCUGUGAACAAGACAGGGUCCUCCAGGACUUGGAAGACAAGAUACGAGCCCUUAAAGAGAACAAAGACCAGCUAGAAUCUGUGCUAGAGGUGUUGCACAGACAGAUGGAGCAGUACCGAGACCAGCCCCAGCACUUGGAGAAGAUUGCCUACCAGCAGAAGUUGCUGCAGGAGGACCUUGUCCAUAUCCGAGCUGAGCUCUCCAGAGAGUCCACUGAGAUGGAAAAUGCUUGGAACGAAUACCUGAAGUUGGAGAAUGAUGUGGAACAGCUGAAGCAGACCCUGCAGGAGCAACACAGAAGAGCCUUUUUUUUCCAGGAGAAAUCGCAGAUACAGAAAGAUCUAUGGAGAAUUGAAGAUGUCACUGCAGGCCUGAGUGCAAAUAAAGAGAACUUCAGAAUUCUAGUGGAGUCAGUAAAAAAUCCGGAGAGAAAAACGGUGCCUUUGUUUCCUCACCCGCCUGUGCCUUCACUCUCAACUUCUGAGAGCAAGCCGCCCCCACAGCCCAGUCCUCCCACCAGCCCUGUGCGGACCCCUCUGGAGGUUCGACUCUUCCCCCAGCUGCAAACCUACGUGCCGUACCGACCUCACCCACCCCAGCUGAGGAAAGUGACAUCCCCCCUUCAGUCACCAACUAAGGCGAAGCCCAAAGUUCAGGAAGAUGAAGCACCUCCCAGGCCCCCACUCCCCGAACUCUACAGCCCAGAGGACCAGCCCCCGGCUGUGCCGCCUCUGCCAAGAGAGGCCACCAUCAUCCGGCACACAUCUGUGCGGGGCCUCAAGCGGCAGUCAGACGAGAGGAAGCGAGACCGGGAGCUGGGGCAGUGUGUGAAUGGGGAUUCCAGGGUGGAGCUGCGGUCGUAUGUCAGUGAGCCUGAGCUGGCGACCCUCAGCGGGGACAUGGCCCAGCCCUCCCUGGGACUUGUGGGCCCUGAGAGCAGGUACCAGACGCUGCCAGGCAGAGGGCUCUCAGGGUCCACGUCAAGGCUCCAGCAGUCGUCCACCAUUGCUCCCUACGUCACACUCCGGAGGGGUCUCAAUGCCGAAAGCAGCAAGGCGACCUUCCCUAGACCUAAGAGUGCCUUGGAGCGCCUGUACUCAGGGGAUCACCAGCGAGGCAAGAUGAGUGCAGAGGAGCAGCUGGAGCGCAUGAAGCGACACCAGAAGGCCCUGGUCCGAGAGCGCAAGAGGACACUGGGCCAAGGGGAGAGGACGGGCCUGCCCUCAUCUCGCUACCUCAGCCGGCCGCUCCCUGGAGAUCUUGGCUCAGUAUGUUAGGAGGGGCCAGGCAGCGGGGCAGGGACAGGGAGCCGAGUGCCCCUCAGAGUCCCCCAAACACAAGCACAUCACACCUCCCAGUGAGAGAGCUGUCCAUUGACCUACAUGGUUCAGAGAACACCCCACGGGGCUGUUUGUCCACGACCCAGGCUGGACAAAUGCCUGGUCAGAGGGUGACCUGAACCAGAGCUGGAGUGAGGAUCAAACAGGCCCAGGAGCCUGAGGAAAUACCCAGUCAGUCCUCCCAGCCGCGAUGGAGAGGGGCCUUUGCAGGCGUUCGGAAUCUCGGCUGAAUUCAGGACCUGGGAAUACAGGGUUCAGAGAGGAGAGGAGGAAGAUGGUGACAUGAUUUGGUUAGAAGCACAAGCAAACUGAUCAGCCUCCCAGACCUGCCAGCAGAUGCUGUGUGAGGGUGAUGGAGCACGGGGUCACACCCCUGCCCCAAGGGCCACUGGUCUCCCUGGGCUUGCAGUGCAGAGGCCUCAGGGUGUCUGGGAUUGCUGGGGAGGCCUGUGCUGCCCCCUGGUGGCGCUUCCUGGCGCUGCGCCCUGUCCACAGUCACCUUAGGUCCCUUUGGAAACAUUCCAUUUGACUUUUCCCUGUUGUUUGAAAUCCCAUGUUUCCCUAAACCUCUAGCCUGAUUGUUCUUUCCCUAAUUCAUUGCACAAGCUCCUUUGCUUUUAGUGUUACCGCUCAUUGCCUCUCUAAUCCUGCCUGAUUGUGUUUACAGAAGCUUCUGAUUUGCAUUGAACAUGCUCUAACUGGCCUGUGCUACUUAUUACCGGGCUUGUAAUAGCGGUUCUUGUCUCCAUAGCCUGUUGAGUGUUCCCAGAUGUGACUCACCUUUCUGCUGCCCUCUUCAUGCAGGCCUACUGACUCAUAAUUCACUUGUCCCAAAAGCCACCCCACAAGCCUGAGCCAACCUGCUGCCUGACGCCACAGUCAUUGGCAGAGGUCUGGGCAUUAUUAAUUUAUAAAAAUCCAUGCUUUACACCUGGACAGUAGACAGGGACUUAAGAGAUUGCACGUUUGAAUACAUUCUCCCAAGACUGAGGUUGUUCGGUUUUAAUUCCUAUAGUCCAAUCACACAAUUUCUUAUGGAAAACCUUUUGUGUUUCUGGUAUUUAAUAACUUGAAGGGAUAGCAAAAUAUACUGUAUAUUCAGAGGGCCUCUCUGCAGCUGCUAGCUCAGACACCAAAGGGGUAAGGCCCAGGACAUUCAUAUCUUUAAAAGCUGCAAACCUGGUAACCUUUAAACUUUUAAAACAAAUGUCAUAUGGGGUAACACUGACCUUUUAUAAUUUGAUGUCUCAAAUGUAGAGAUUAUCUAAAAAUCGUAACUUGAAUACCUUGUAAUUUUUCUCUUAAAAAAGAAGACUUGUGUAAGUCUCUGCAUCAACGCCAAUAAACAUGUUGCUUAAUAAUAA